AUGUACGCCCUGUGUGCAGAUAUCGACGAGUGUAACAGCGCCCCCUGUCAGAAUGGAGCCAUAUGCCAAGACGGAGUGAACAGCUUCACCUGCCAGUGUGCAUCUGGUUAUUACGGAACUCUUUGUGAAGAUAUCGACGAGUGCAUCAGCGCCCCCUGUCAGAAUGGAGCUACAUGUCAGGACGGAGUGAACAGCUUCACCUGUCAGUGCGCACCUGGUUAUACUGGAACACUCUGCAAAGACAUAGAUGACUGUGCGUCCUCCCCAUGUGCCCAUGGAACCUGUACGGAUGGCGUGGGGAGUUACACUUGUAGCUGUGAGGACGGAUGGGAAGGGACAGACUGUGACCAGAGUGAGAAACUAUGCCUUCAUAUUCUAUGUCACAAUUGA